UCAAUUCAGCCACUGCAUAGUUUUUUUAAUCUUGUAGUUUUUUAUUUGGAGAAAAAUACCAAUCUGUGCAUCAUGAUUUGCUGUAUUAGACUCGAAUAAAGCAUGGCAACUAGAGCUUGCAAACUCUGCUUGAGUUGACUGCUUCCGUUCGUCUUCACUCUGGCGAGGAUGGAGGCGUCUUCUUGGAACGAUCAGUCAGUCUCUCACAAUGAGUCCAACCAUGGUGUGCCAGAUGGAAGCAUUCCAAUCUGCUCAGGGCAGAACUUGUACUUUACACACUAGAAAUGUUCCAGCUUCGGCAUCACCGCAUCAUAUAGGAACCUUGGGAUUAUAAAAUGUUUGCAGCUCCAUAAGCGGGACUGCAGCAGGCAGUGAUCACUGAUCAACAAGCUUGUCUUUGAGCGAAACUACCAGCGCCAUGGGAUCCCGGGUGCGAGUUCUCAACGUUUCCCAUGUGCUCCCAGCCCCAGAUCAAGCCGCCGUCUGCUCACCGGAAGCCCUCCCCGUCGACGGCGGCCACGUCAAGCUCUCGUUCAUGGACGCCUUGUUCGUCGACAGGGUGCCGAUGCAGCGGCUCUUCUUCUACGAGGGCCCCGGCAUCCCGCCCUUGCCGUCCCUCGUCCGCUCCCUGAGGUCCUCCCUCGCCGCCGUGCUCGCCGUCUUCCACCCCCUCGCCGGCAAGCUCACCCACCGCGCGUCGACCGGCGACGUCGUCGUGGACUGCACGCCGGCCGCGGUCUCACCCGGCGUCAGGUUCGUGGAGGCGGAGUACGCCGGCACCAUCGACGACAUGCGGCGCCUCGCCGUCGGCGACGAGCACCACACGGAGGCGCUGAUGCUGCUCGGGCCGGAGCUCAACGCGGGGCGUCUCCCGGCCCCGGUGCUCGCCGUGCAGGUCACGAGGCCGGCCGUCGGGGCCGGGCGCGCCGUGGUGGUCGGGGUGUCCAUCCACCACGCCGUGGCCGACGGCCACUCCGUCUGGCGGUUUAUGAGCGCCUGGUCCGCCGUGUCGCGGUCGCCGGAGGCUGCGUCGGGCCUCACGCCGCCGACGUUCGACCGCGCGGCGAUCCGGUACCCCAAAGCCGACGAAGUGGCGCGCAAGUUCCUGCGCACGAUCGCGCCGGCGCUGCCCGUGGCAAGGUCGCCGUCGCUGCACACCCCGCCGGACCUGCGGAGGAGAAGCUUCCUGCUCCGCGCCGACGACAUCGAGUCGGUGAAGCACCGCAUCCUGGCGGAAUCCAAAUCCAUCGGCGAGCAGAUGGACACGCACCCGAGCACCUUCGUCGCGGUGGCGUCGCUGGUGUGGACGUCCAUCGCGCGGGCCAAGCGCCUCGACCCCGCCGCCGACGGCGACGCCUACUUCCUGGUGCCAGCGGACCUCCGCCGCCGCCUCGCGCCGGCGGUGGACGAGCGCUACUUCGGGAACUGCGUCGCUCCGUGCUUCGCCAGGGCCGCCGCGCGCGACCUGCGCGACGGCGGCGCGGGGCUCGCGCGCGCCGCCGCGGCCAUCGGCGCCGCAGUCCGCGAGCGGCUCGGGGACCCGCUGGGCGGCGCGGAGCGGUGGCUGGAGCGCUUCCUCGCGGCGCCGAGGGAGAGGCUCACCCACGCGGCGUCGUCGAACCGGUUCAUGGCGUACGAGACGGACUUCGGGUGGGGCGCGCCGAGCCGGGUGGAGCUCGUGUCGCUCUUCACCAGGGAGCUCGUGCUGCUGCUCGGCGCGGAGGACGGCGGCGUGCAGGUCACCGUGGCGCUGGAUCACGCGCACAUGUGGGGCUUCGCUGCCAACUUGCUGAUGGUUUCAGGGCAAGGGAGGAGCCAAUCUGCAUAGAAUGAUGGUAGAAACGGACCACAACCUAUCUCUCACAGAUCAGAAACUGA